AUGAAGUCCUAUGGUCAUGCUCGCCGUGGCCCUGGCCCUCCCAUUCUCUGGACCGAUGACAAUGGCCAAAUCCACGAAAGGCUGAGACAGGCGUGCGAUCGGUGUCGAGCUAAGAAGACUCGAUGCUCGGGCCAUGUGCCGGAGUGCGCUGCAUGUGUCGAGCGUGGAUUUCCCUGUUUAUAUGCCAGUGACCAGCGAAGGCGU